CUUAGGGAAUGCCGGGAAGGACGGCCACAGUGAUGCGUGUAGAAGAGCAACUGGUGAGCACAGGAUACACUGUGACAGUACUUCUCCGAGCGUACGUAGACGAGGACUUGACCGCAAGGGACCGACGCGAUGAGUCACGAGGACGAUAUAACUCGGGGGACCGCCGGGAUGAUUCGCGAGGGCGGUAUGAGCAAGGAGGGUUUGGAGGAGACCGGCGCAACGAUCCGCGCGGUCGGAAUGAGAGAGGGGGAUAUGGCGUCUCAUCAGAACCAUAUCCCAAGUCGCCUGACCCCAAAGCGGGCAGGAAUUCGAAGUCUAGAGGCGCAGACGACAGGGCGUCUACUCCCAGGAACUCGUGCGUCUACUGUAGAGGAGAAGAUCAUAUCAAGAGGGAUUGCCCGGACCUCAAACGGGCAAUAGAAGAGGGACUUGUCGUGCUUGACGACCGCAAGUACGUCAAGUGGGCAGAUGAUCUCGGAGAUGUAUCGAUGUUCCCUUCGAUGAAGGAGAAUGUUGAAGCAAGGAUAAUAAAGACGAGUAAAGGAAUGGAGCCAGUCAGAAGCCAGAGCAUCAAGAUAACCUUUGAGGGGGAUAUGGCGACCACACCCAUAAGGGUGGCAGCCACCAAGUCGGCGAGAGGGUCUACAUCAAAGAAAACUGACACGGAUUACGUGAUGGCGGAGAAGGACGGGCAGCGGGUCGAUGGAGAGGAGGUUAUCCUUUCGCCGCGAAAACGGGGAGUCAAGAAGUUCUUAAUGAAGAGUUCACUGAACGAGAUUGACACGGUUGAGCCACUGAGGCGGGCCCUUCGGCAACCAAUGCAAUGCUCUAUUCUGGAGUACCUGGCGGCAUCGAAGSCGGCUCGUGAUGAAUUACAGAUGAUCACGCGAAAGACUCGCAUACCUCUAUCAGAGGAGGGUCAGGGAGCCCCUAAAGCGGAAACUUCUACAGUAGCGGUAACGGGGGUGACAGCCAGAGCGGAUCGCAUGGCGACAGUCCUUCUCGAUGGGAUGGAAGGUGUGCCUCCAGACAAGUUUUAUAUACUUGGUAGCGGGGCCGUAGAGACGAUUAUAAACGAUGGAGCGAUAGUCGAUGCUGUGAUUGAUAACGACAGUGAGGCUGUCAUCAUAGACGAGGAAUUGGCAGUACAAGUUGGACUGGGCCUCGAUAAGUCAUACCUAUUCGAGAUAGAGACGGCUGAUGGGAGAAAGCAAGAGAUCACUGGGGUUUGUCACAAGGCAGCCAUAGAGGUCCAAGGGGUAGGAGUAACCCUGCCUGUCUUUACAGUCAAGUACUGUAGCUCUGACCUGCUCUUCGGUCGAACGUGGCUGACCCACGUGCAUGCGGUGACGAUAGAACGACCUCAUGGGAGCCAAACAUUGUCCAUUAGGAAGUCAGACGGGACACGGGUGAUGAUUGAGACAGUGGAGCCUCGGGACCCGAGGAACAGAGCAGCUCUCGCUGUGGGUGCAAGACCCAGUGAUCAGAUUAAGUCUUUACCCAUCUUCGGCCGCGCGGUGCGAUUUCGCGAGAAGAGAUAUGGACCACUGCUCACAGAGGAAGAAGGUUGGAUCGUGGAGGUGGAAGAUUUAGGAAGCCGGCUAAUAGUGGACGGCAACUCGUACCCGAAGGAAAAAGAUGAGGAAUUUGGCGGUGUGGUAUCCGUGUCUUUUUUAAGGGCACGGCCCCCUAUGGGGGGCUCCCCAAGCGACACAAGCGAGUAACUCAAAAAGUUAAGGCAGCGGCGGUAGGCCGCGAGCGAUCGGCACUGGAAGGGGUAUCAGAAGAAGAGAUCGCGAAAGAAAUCAAAGAAAGAAAGAAAA